AUGACAAUCAUAUGAAGCCGAGCCACAGUACCUAGCGGUUGGCAAUGGGAAUAGUCAAACGAAUUUGUUCAAGUUAGGUGCUUUAUAGCCGACUUGGAGGUUACUGCCGCAAAUAUGGAAUCACUUUCCCGCAACACACGGUCUGACCCCAUUCACUAUAGGGGCUUGGGUUGAGUUUAGCAGCCGUCUCACUCUCGCGACAUUUCCUCCAACACCUAAUGGAUAAAACUUAUAUCCCGGGCGGUUUCUCCAACGAAGCUAUUCUCCAGCAACUCAGGCAUGGCAUUGCCAACUUCGAGAUCGCUUCUUCUCCAGUUCCUUCAGUUUCCAGUCAAUGUUUUCGCAGUCCACUUCCCUUGGCGCCCUCCCCUAAUGUCACGCCUCGAUUCUUUGCCAGGAUUGGGCCCUCUCUAGGUGCAGGUUCGCCAGCAAUGAAGAAAGUGGAAAGGUAUUCUGUUCAGAAAGUUACUGGUGAUGGCCGCUGCCUGUUCCGUGCCCUGUUCAUUUCUUGGGAUCAGGUUAAAGGAAUGGCUGUCAACAAGGGCAUGGCACUUGGUCCACGAGAAGAGAGAGAGAGUGCAGAUGAACUACGGAUGGCAGUAAAAGAAGUUAUAUGUGACAAUGACAAAGAGCGUCUUCAAUACGAAGAAGCAUUAGUUGCAAUAACCGUUGAUGAACCUUUGAGGCGUUACUGUCAACGCAUUGGAAGGCCGGAUUUCUGGGGUGGAGAGGCUGAACUUCUGGUGCUAUCGAAGUUGUGCUGCCAGCCAAUAGUUGUAUACAUUCCAGAACAUGAGCAUGGUGGGUGGGGAACUGGUUUCAUUCCUAUCCAAGAAUACGGAUCUGAGUUUCGUAAAGGUUCAAAGAAGGGAAAGCCUCGAGAAGUCGUACGACUACUCUACACCGGCAAAAACCAUUAUGAUCUACUUGUGUGACUUGACAUUCGCCACAGUCCGGACACAGAUGUAGUAACUCUGCUAAAAUAAGGCAACUCAUAAUAGUUAUGGAGUCUAAUUAGGUUCUGCUCUAGAGUUCUUAUAAUUAAACGAGUUGGUUAUGUUUUCAUUCUCAUGCUAUUUUUCCAAUAUAUUUUAGUUUAUAUGAUUGUUAUAAAGCUGCUAAUCUGUAUAAGCUAAUGUUAGAAGAAAAAUAUCAUGCAUUUGAGAAUGAUCAGCAUGGCAUUGAAUGUCGCUUGCACUGUGAGAUCACUGAAUGUCUAUACAAUGAACGCCGAAGAAGGGAAGACAUAAUGUGCCGCAAUCUUCUCUUUUGAUGAUAUUGUUCGUUCUAUGCUUGCAUUGUCUAGGAUUACAACGUUUUCUGGGUUUUUCUUUUCAACCUACCAUUUGAGUUAUGUGAAAUGCAUGCAUUUCUAAACUAAAAAAAUCAGAAUUUCGACUUUUGCUCUUCUGAAGAAAAGAAGUAAUAUGAAGCAAGAAAGAUGAAAGUGAUUAUCAUUAGAAUAAGAAUAUAAAACUUCAGCACCAAUAUUAUUAGGAUGUGAUUGAUUGUUGUUUUUCUUUAUUUUGUUCCAAUGAGAAAUAUGAAAUAAAAAAUAAUCUUAGUGGAUGUAGGUGUUUUUGUUAAAAGAAGAACGUGAAGGAAGUGUGUUGGGAUUCUCUGAUAAUAUUGCCAAAUUCUUGUCCUAUGAGUGAAAUUAGUGAUAAAAUGAGGACCGCGAUUGCAAUUUCCCAAACAGGCAAACUUCCCUUGCUGAGAGUGCCGUGUGGUUUCAAAUGAAAACCAUAGAGCAAUAACUAUAUUUUCCAGUUUCCACUUCCUCAUCAACCAAUGUAACUCAAUGCGUCGCUGAAAAUUUUAUAGGUGAAACGCAGACCAACCCAAAGACGAAACGAUAUAUGCAAAAAUUAGGGUUUUACGGCGGCAGAGAGAGA